UAACAGCCGUAUUUCCGCCUUUCCUCUCGAUCGCAAACCACGUACCUCACUUCUCGACAUACCUUUCACGUCCAAAAUGACCUCCCAAGCUGCCGCUAUCCCCUCCACCGCCACCCCGGCAGCUGCGCCCGCCGCUGUCGACCAGCAAGCCUCCAAGCCCAAGCCCUGCUGUGUAUGCAAGGAGGAGAAGGCCAAGCGCGACGAGUGCAUGCUCUUUUCCAACGCCGCCGACCCGUCCAAGGACUGCCUGUCCACGAUCGACCAGUACCGGGCCUGCAUGAAGGGGUUCGGCUUCACGGUGUAAAUGGUGAACAGAAUAAUCUUAGAAGAGAACCAUGCGACGAUAGCCUUGUGUGUAUAGUACGAACCGAGCAUAGAAUACGGCGUUGGGGAACAGAAAAAAAAUCACGACUCUAUUAUGACACCACUACUUCCGGCUACCUAUGCGUUGCAGGCCUCGGUCAUGCUUUUAAUGUCGGACUCACAGGAUUGUAGCUCAAGUGCAUGUGCCAAGUCGGUCUGAGCCUAUUUGAGGUUAUGACUCUCUUUGCAACUUAAAUGUCCCUUAUCCUGACCUGAUUCUCAAAGUGUUACUGACACUUAAUGGCAUGCUUGGUGCGGAAAAGGCUAGUCGCCUGGUGUUCGCGAUGCCAUGACUUGUUCGGCAAGAGCCUCCCUGACUGCAUUCACGGUUCGGUCGACCUUUAGCCUUUCCCCUUUUCACGCCCAUGGCAGAGAUGAUGAGAUAAUAAACAGGCUUCACAAUUCCGGGCUUGGCGUAAGUAAAACUUGUCAAAAGCCAAUCAAUGAAAAAAUCAUUUUCC